UCGUAUAUAAGCCUGCAAAUUUGGGGCUAUUUUCCUCUUUUCUUGCUUCACUUUACUUGCGCAUUCGGUUUCUUUCUUUUCAACCCUCUCAGCAGAUCACAGCCUUCGAGAGUGUAGGGACGGCGAUUCUCCGACUAGUAGAAGAUGAAGAUUUUUGUCAAGACUCUCAAGGGCACUCACUUCGACGUCGAAGUGAAGCCUGAGGACACGGUUGCUGAUGUGAAGAAACAGAUAGAAACUAGUCAAGGUGCAGAUGUAUAUCCUGCUUCACAACAGAUGCUCAUUCAUCAAGGAAAAGUACUUAAAGAUAGCACAACAUUGGAUGAAAACAAAGUUGCUGAAAACAGCUUUGUUGUGAUAAUGUUGACAAAGAGUAAGAGCUCGUCUGGUGAAGGUUCAGGUGCAUCAACUGCUACUACAACUAAGGCACCACAGCCAAGUGCACCUUCUGCUGCUCCAACUGCGACAUUAACAGCACCUCAGGCUCCAAUACCAACCUCAGCACCGCCUGCUUCUGUUACCACACCUGCUCCUGUCUCUUCAGCUACCACAGAGGUAGAAUCUGAUCCAUACGGCCAAGCAGCAUCUGAUCUGGUAGCAGGAACUAACUUGGAGGGAACAAUUCAGCAAAUUCUGGAUAUGGGUGGAGGUACUUGGGACAGGGAUACUGUUGUACGUGCUCUUCGUGCUGCUUUCAACAACCCAGCGAGAGCUAUUGACUAUCUUUAUUCUGGUAUCCCUGAGCAACCUGAAGUUCCACCUGCAGCCCGUAUUCCUGUGAGUGGGGAAGUUGCAAACCUUCCGGCACAACGUCCACAAUCAGCACAACCAGCAGCCACUCCACCAAGCGGACCUAAUGCCAAUCCUUUAAACCUUUUUCCACAGGGCCUUCCGAACGUGGGUGCUGGUGGUGCUGGUGCAGGCAAUCUUGAUUUUCUUCGUGACAGCCAACAGUUCCAAGCCUUGCGAGCUAUGGUGCAGGCUAAUCCACAAAUAUUGCAGCCUAUGCUUCAAGAGUUAGGGAAACAAAAUCCUAAUCUUAUGAGGCUAAUUCAACAGCAUCAGGCUGACUUCCUUCGCCUGAUUAAUGAACCUGUGGAAGGUGGAGAAGGGAACAUAUUGGGCGAUGCAGCGGUGCCGCAGUCAAUAAGUGUCACUCCUGAGGAGCGUGAAGCUAUAGAACGUCUUGAAGCAAUGGGAUUUGAUCGAGCAAUUGUAUUGGAGGUUUUCUUUGCCUGCAACAAGAACGAAGAGUUGGCUGCCAACUACCUCUUAGACCACAUGCAUGAAUUUGAGGAAUAAUCUAUGGAAUAUCAGCCGUCCAACCCCCUGUUAAAUAAAAAAAGAAAAAAAAAAGAAUAUAAAAAACCCUCUUCUCAUGGCUUUCUUUUGAAUUUUAUUGCAAUUUUAUUUUCUUUCACAUUUAGCCUUUUUUAAGUUUGGAGUCUGGAUUAUGUGGAUUGUCUAUAGUUUACUAGAAAUGUCAAGUCAGAACUUUCUUUCCAAAUCCAAUCUUUCAUUUCCCAGGUACAUGCAAUUUAUUUUUAUUUUUAUUUUCGGUCGAUUUCUUA